GGACUGUCACUAGCCCAUCCGUUGCCCUGACUCUUGCCCCUGGAGGAAGCCAGUUAUGGGGGAAACAGGCAAAGAAGAGUAUAAAAUACAGUCGUUCGACAGCGAGACUCAGAAGCUGCUGAAAACAGCCCUCAAAGACCCCAGCAACGUGGACCUGGAGAAAGUGGCCAAUAUUAUUGUGGACCAGUCCCUCAAAGACUGUGUGUUCAGCAAGGAGGCAGGACGCAUCUGCUACACCAUCAUCCAGGCAGAGAGCAAACAAGUUGGCCAGAGCAUCUUCCGGAGGAGCCUGCUGAACCGGCUGCAGCAGGAGUACAAGGACAGGGAGGAGCUGCGCACCCGCUCGCUCCAGGCCUGGAUCUGCUACGUCACCUUCAUCUGCAACAUCUUCGACUACCUGAGGGUGAACAACAUGCCCAUGAUGGCUCUGGUGAACCCCGUUUACGACUGUCUGUUCCGGCUGGCCCAACCCGACAGCCUGCGGAAGGAGGAAGAGGUGGACUGCCUGGUCCUACAGCUCCACCGCAUCGGCGAGCAGCUGGAGAAGAUGAACUCCCAGCGGAUGGACGAGCUCUUCUCCCUCCUCCGAGACGGCUUCCUCCUGCAGGAGGGACUCAGCUCCCUGUCCCAGCUCCUGCUGCUGGAGAUCAUCGAGUUCCGAGCUGCCGACUGGAAGAUGACGGACGCUGCCCAGAAAUACUAUUACAGCGAAGUGAUGGAUUAACCUCUACGGCAGAGGUGGGGAGAAGUCCCCAGCACUUUCACCAGCAAGCUUCACACCAAGUUGGAAUUUAUUUUCAUGAUGUUUUUUAGCACUUCCUGUAAAUAGGAUUUACACUGGCCGGAGCCCCUGGACAUGUCACUGUCCGGCUGCCGCUGCGGCCAGCCUGACUCUGGAGGUCUGGAGCAGCGGGACGGGCAGGGCACGUUUAACCCAGCAAGUUCUUCCACUGAUUUAAUCUAAUAUUGGGCUGCUGCCAGCAAAGGGCGAGGAAGGCUUCUCGCUCAAACCAGCAUUUGAGAUGUGUGUUAAGGCAAGCACAGUUUAGGCUGUGAGCAUUUCAGGAAAUCUUUCACAGCUCAGGUCGUCCCUGGUUCUCCAGGACAAGUCACAGAAGACGCUGUGGCCUCACCAACAGCUCGACCCAGUGUUGUUUUUCCCACACUCUUUCCAGCACCCUGGCUGCACCUGCAUGCAACAGCCUCCCCCACGGGUCCCCAGCCACCAACACCUGCAGCAGGACAGGGCCCUGAGCACACGUAGCUAGAACAGGUUUUGUAAGUUUUAUACAAUUACCAUCAUGUUUUUUUCAGAAUUUAGCGACUUUCAACUAUGGUAUGUUUCUUAUAAGAAUGGGAGAGGAAGAAAGGAAACAAAAUAGUCUAUUGAAGGAUUUUUUUCUAAUAAAAGUUUUCCACUAA